AACUACAAAUCCCGUCAUACGGCAGACCGCUUCGCGCAUGCGCAGCUGAACUGGGCUGGCCUGAUGCUGUUUUGUUGAGAGCUGAAAAAAAAAGAGUCUGAAACUCCAAGGCUUCAAGUGAAGAGAAUAUUUUAGCCUAGACAGGCACAUGAGUUUGCAGACGUGUCCUCCUCCCGACAUGAGAUCUUGCCUGGCCCCUGGUUACCCCUCCUGCAGUUGAUGACUCUGCAGCCGGUGUGGAGAUGACGGACAGUGUCAGAGCGUUUGUCCGCAAUGUUGCGACGGGAAUCAAGGACUCCAUCCUGGGCAUUGGAACCAUUUCCAAGCUUGAUGCUCGAAUUCAGCAGAAGAGGGAGGAGCAGAGGAGGCACAGAACGAGCGGGGCCUUGGCGAUGAGACGGGCUCAGAGCGAGGAACGGAAACAGGACUGUGAACCAAAACUAGCAAGUCGAAUUUUUCAGUGCUGUGCUUGGAAUGGAGGCGUAUUUUGGCUAAGUCUGUUCCUGUUUUAUCGGGUGUUUAUCCCACUGCUGCAGUCCCUUACUGCUAGAAUUAUAGGUGACCCUUCGCUACACGGUAAUGUGUGGUCCUGGCUGGAGUUUAUUCUGACAUCUGUAUUCAGUGCUCUCUGGGUUCUGCCUCUGUUUGUGCUAAGCAAGAUAGUUAAUGCCAUUUGGUUCCAGGACAUUGCUGAUCUGGCGUUUGAAGUGUCCGGACGGAAAGCUCAGCCUUUUCCCAGUGUCAGCAAGAUCAUUGCAGACAUGCUCUUCAAUCUUUUGCUCCAAGCUCUCUUCCUCAUUCAGGGAUGGAUUGUGAGUCUCUUUCCCAUUGAUGCUAUUGGUCAGUUGGUCAGUCUCCUGCACAUGUCUCUGCUCUACUCUCUUUACUGCUUUGAAUAUCGCUGGUUUAAUCACGGAAUUGAAAUGCACCAAAGGCUGUCAAACAUUGAGAGAAACUGGCCGUAUUACUUUGGCUUUGGUUUGCCCAUGGCACUACUGACUGCACUGCCCUCGUCAUACAUCAUAAGCGGCUGUUUGUUCUCCAUUCUCUUCCCGCUCUUCAUCAUCAGUGCUAACGAAGCAAAUACCCCAGUCAAAUUCUACCAUUUCCAGCUCCGCCUCUUUUCCCUGGUCGUCCUCAUCAGUAACAAACUGUUCCACAAAACGGUGCACCUGCAGAGCUCCAUCACGACCUCCACAUCCACUGAGAAGUUGUCCUCGCCUCACUUGUCCCCGACGCGCCAGCGACCUAUGCCCCCGCAGUGACCUCUUUCAAGAUUCCCAACUCAGUUUGGUUUGCAAGAUUGGAUGGAAAAAGAUUACGUUGUCUGUAUUUGAAAGGGUCUGUCGAUGUUCUCCUGAGGGAUGAAUGGGACAGGUU